AGACAAUUGAUCCCUACCUCACGGCAUAUACGCUGAAUCUCUCCAGAGCAGUCAUUUCUACCACACCCAGGCCAAUCCACAAAUCUCGGUGAUACAAACUGCAUUCUGGCGGCAUGGAUCCCUACGACAGUGACUCUUCGUUUGAGGAUGAGGGGGACUUCACGGAUACUGGCGUGCUCCUAGGAUAUGCCUCUGAGGAGCUGAUAGAAGACACCAUCAGUCACAUUGGAGGCAGGCCGACCUGGAUUGACGAUGCUACCCCACCUCCCGGCGAAUUUGCCAAUUGCAAAGUCUGCAAUAAUCCCAUGCUGCUUCUACUCGAGCUACACGGCGACCUCCCCGACCACUUCCCCGAUAAUGAGCGACGACUGUACAUCUUCGGUUGCCCGAGAAAACCCUGCAACAAAAAGCCCGGCAGCAUUCGAGCUUUGCGCGCCACGAAGAAGCUGAAGAGCCACCCCGCCUCUAGAAAGGUCGAAAAGCCUGAGCCCCCGAAGGAGGAAAAGAAGCCCGAAGCCCCCAAGCAGGAUCUUGGAGCGAGCCUUUUUGGCUCUACCUCCCUCACCGGAAGUGUCUCCGCCAACGCCAAUCCCUUCUCUUCGUCCUCCGGCCCCGCGCCCACUGGCAACAACCCGUUUGCCGUCCCUGCUGCGACUCCCACAGCCCCGGCCGCGGAACCGAACAAGCCUUCGCCAUCCCAGCCUGCGUCGGAAUCUCUCGCGGAGACCUUCGCGGAUAAAGUCCGUGUCUCCUCCCCUCCUCCGACAGCCAAGACCCCCGAAUCCUCAGGACCUUCUGCCCCUUGGCCUUCCGAGUCUGCCUUCCCGAAACCCUACAAGCACUUCUACCUAGACGCCGAGUACGAAACCCUCUCGCGACCAUCCACGCCGACCAUUCCCGAAAAUGUCACCAUCGACAACACCGAAGAGGAAACCGGCGGCGGAUCCGGAGAGCUGAAGGAUGCCUUGGAGUCCCAGUUGGAUAAGGCCUUUAUGAAGUUCUCCACCCGACUGGGCCACAACCCCGAGCAGAUCCUGCGAUAUGAGUUCCGCGGAACCCCCAUCCUUUACUCGUACAACGAUGCGGUUGGCAAGCUCCUCCACGACCCCCAGCAUGGCGCGCCGGGACAUGUGACGGUUGCUGGAAACGGAGCCCUGCGUAUCCCUCGCUGCGAGUACUGCGGUAGCGCGCGUGUCUUCGAGCUUCAGCUGGUGCCUCACGCGAUCAGCAUUCUCGAGGAAGACCGCGAAGUUGGCAUGGGAGAGAAAGACGAUGCGGGUAUGGAGUGGGGGACGAUCAUUCUGGGUGUGUGCGGCAAGGACUGUGCUCCGGAACAGGUGGGCCUAACGGGCUGGCGUGAAGAAUGGGCUGGUGUGCAGUGGGAGGAGUUGAAAUAGACCAGUGAGGAAGGAAUAAUGAUGAUGUCUGGUUAAUGUUGAUGACUUAUAGAGCAAUGUUUAUAUCGCGACCAUUCUAAUGCAC